UUGUGAGUGGCCAGUGCAGACGCGCUUCUCGGAGUCCCAAGUCCCGGCUCCACUCUUGGCUCGGAUGGGAACCGGCAGCCGGCGCUCGCCUUGGCGGCGGGGAACGCCAGGCUGCCUGGAGGAGGAGGCGUGACCGGGCCUGGACGUUGGUACCUGCUCCAUGGUGACGGCCAUGUCGGUGAGGCUGCGGUUCCUGUCCUCUGGGGAUGCGGGGGCCGUGGGGGUCGUGGGCCGGAGCGCCUCGUUCGCGGGCUUCAGCAGUGCUCAGAGCCGGAGGAUCGCAAAGUCUGUCCACGGCAACUCGGUGAGAUUGCGGAUGCCCGCCAAGUCCUCCAAGACGUACGGCACGCUGCGCAAGGGGGCUGCGUGCCCGGGCCCCAGGCCGCAGCAAGUGAAGAGGGUCUUCGAAGCUCUCAAGAGAGGCCUCAAAGAGUACCAGUGCGUCCAGCAGGCCGAGCUGGACUACCUGUCAGGGCGCCACACGGACACCCGCAGGAACUCCAGGCUGGCUUUCUAUUACGACCUGGACAAGAAGCAAAUGCGCUCUGUGGAAAGGCACAUCCGGAAGAUGGAGUUUCACAUCAGCAAGGUGGAGGAACUGUAUGAGGGCUACUGCAUCCAGUGCCGCCUGCGGGACGGGGCCGCCAACAUGCAGAGGGCCUUCUCCCGCUGCCCGGCCAGCCGCGCCUCCCGAGAGAGCCUGCAGGAGCUGGGCCGCAGCCUGCAGGAGUGUGCCGAGGACAUGUGGCUCAUCGAGGCAGCCCUGGAGGUGCACCUGGGAGAGCUCCACAUCAAGAUGAAAGGCUUGGUGGGCUACGCGCGCCUCUGCCCCGGGGACCAGUACGAGGUGCUCAUGUGCCUGGGCCGCCAGCGCUGGAAGCUCAAGGGCCGGAUCGAGUCUGAUGACAGCCAGACCUGGGACGAGGAGGAGAAGGCCUUCACCCCCACGCUGCACGCGAACCUGGAGAUCAAGGUGACAGAGCUGAGGGGCCUGAGCUCGAUGGCCCUGGGCACAGUGACCUGCGACAUCACCGACUUCUUCACGACCAGGCCGCAGGUGAUCGUGGUGGACAUCACAGAGCUGGGCACCAUCAAGCUGCAGCUGGAGGUGCGGUGGAACCCGUUCGACACCGAGAGCUUCCUGGUGUCACCCAGCCCUACGGGCAGGUUCUCCAUGGGCAGCAGGAAGGGCUCCUUGUACAGCUGGACGCCCCCCAGCACCCCCAGCUUCCGAGAGAGGUUCUACCUGUCUGUCCUGCAGGAGCCGGCACAGCAGGCUCUGCUGCUGGGGGCGCCGAGGGCCCCCUCCAUCCUGCGCUACCUGUCCGACAGCGACCUGCGUGGCCCUGGCCUGCGCAGCCAGAGUCAGGAGCUGCCCGAGAUGGAUUCUUUCAGCUCCGAGGACCCCCGAGACGCCGAGACCAGCACGUCGGCCUCCACCUCAGACGUGGGGUUCCUGCCCGUGGCCAUGGACCCCAACGCGUCCAUCGAAGAGGAGGCCCAGGAAACCCCCCGGUCCCUGGGCCUCGGGCUGGAGAUGGCCCACCUGGCGGGAGGCUCGCUUGUGGAGCGGCCUGGGUGGAGGACUCUGGGACUAGAGGGCCCCAACCUGCCCCGGGGCUCCCCUUUCCACAACCACACGGUCCUGGGCAGCCAGAAAGACCAUGAUGAAGGCGAAGUCGAGGACAGAGGGGAUGGGCCCUGGGUGACCCUCGAGCGGCCGCUGCAGGAGGUCCUGGAUUUACUGCGGUCCGUGGAUACGGCCCAGCCCCAGCUCCGGGAGCUGGAGUACCAGGUCCUCAGCUUCAGGGACCGGCUGAAGCCCCGCGGCGCCCCCCGGGAGCAGGCCUGUGCGGACAGCCUGAUGGAGUGCAUCCUGGAGAGCUUCGCCUUCCUCAGCGCGGACCUCGCCCCGCAGGCGCUGCCCCUGUGUGGGGGCUGCCAGGGUCCCCGAAAGGACAGGAGCCCACCCCCGCCGCCGCGGAAAGCGUCAUCUCGGGAGCUGACGGCCGGCGCCCCGGAGCUGGACACGUUGCUCACGGUCCACCUCCAAGUCUGCAGAACCCUGCUGCAGAAACUGGCCUCUCCUGGUCUGUCGAGGGUGGUCCAGGAGUGCCUCCUGGAAGAAGCUGUGCAGCAAAAACAGGUUCUGGAGACGCUCUCUGGGCUGGAUUUCGAGAAGAUUAGCAAGGCGGCCUCCAUUGAAGAUAUUGUCCCCCAGGCCACGCGGAGGAAGGGGUGCCUGAAGCUGUGGAGAGGGUGCACGGAGCCCGGCAGGGUCCUGUCCUGUGCCGCCACCACGCUGCUGAACCAGCUCAAGAAGGCGUUCCUGCACAGGGUCCGGGGAAAAUACCCAGGACAACUGGAAAUAGUGUGCCGAAGGCUCCUGGAGCAGGUGCUCAGCUGCGGCGGGCUGCUCCCCGGAGCCGGGCUCCCCGAAGAACAGACGGUCACCUGGUUCCAGUUUCACAGCUACCUGCAGAGGCAGGGGGUGUCCGACCUGGAGAAGCACUUUGCCCAGCUCACCAAGGAAGUGACACUUGUCGAGGAGCUGCGGUGCGCGGGGCAGCUCAAGGCGGUCCGGAAGCUGCAGGGGAAGCGGCUGGGCCAGCUCCAGCCCCUGCCCCAGACGUUAAGGGCCUGGGCGCUGCUGCAGCUGGACGGGACCCCGCGGGUGUGCAGGGCGGCGAGCGCCCGCCUGGCCGGCGCCGUGCGGAACAAGAGCUUUCGGGAGAAGGCUCUGCUCUUCUACACCAACGCCCUGACGGAGAACGAUGCCAAACUCCAGCAGGCCGCCUGUGUGGCGCUGAAACACCUCCGGGGCAUCGAGAGCAUCGACCAGAUCGCCAGCCUGUGCCAGUCCGACGUGGAGGCCGUGCGCACGGCAGCCCGGGAAGCCACGCUGUCAUUCGGUGAGAAAGGACGCUUAGCUUUUGAGAAGAUGGACAAACUCUGCUUGGAACCAAGAGAAGAAGCCUUUUGCCAGGAAGCAGAUAUUGAAAUCACUGUAUUUUAAAAAGCCCCGGCUGCUGAGCUCGAACCUGGCAUGUUUUUGCUGCUGCCCAGCCCUGACACAGGGCCCGAGCUCUGCAUGGGGGUACGCGGCCUGCUCCCCCCGUGAGAGCUGGCCGGAGCCGCUUCCUCAGUCUCCAGACCAGUCCCACAGCCCAGGGGCACAUAGGACACUUUUCAUGUAGUAGGGAAACAGGUGUGCAGCACUUCGAAGGCUGGCGGACUUCAAUCAGGUGACCAGUCUGGGCUCUGAGAACCUGUCUGACCGUCCCUGGACAGCCGCACUCCGAAGGGGCCAAGGCCAGGCAGGCUGAGGCCUGGAAUAAAAGCCUCCCUGCGGGCCGGCCUGCUCGGCACUUCUGGGUCAAAACGGCUCAGGAGUGAAGAGGCAAAAAGCAGGAGGGCUGACCUUGCUAAGGAGAACGCGGUGGGUCACUUCCAUGGCGGCAAGCGGGCCCCUGGGAAGCCAUGGAAGGUGGCCAGACAGACCGCGGGGUUGCCACGCUUCACACUUAGCCGGAGUGGUAGCCCAAAUGCCACCGUGGGGCCCGGUGGCGGCCUGCAGACCAUGGGCCGGAUCUUUACUGUGCUCAGUGGCACCGAGAACAUGACACUGGCCAGGAAACCUUAUGUCUGGUCAGUAAAAGCGUUCGGCGACCUCACUGAUCCAAAUGGACUCGAGCUUCUGAAUGCCAGUCAACUUAAGGCCAAUUAAAUGAAUUGUGUCAGAAGCCAUCAGCUGGUCUGAAGAAGGAUUUCACUGCAGAACGUGUUUAAAGAAAAAAGAUUCGCUUCUUAUUUAAGCCUGUUAAAAGAAAGCCUCACCGUGUGUCCUGAACCGUUUUUGCGCCGAGCUAUGGAGAGAAGCCGGGGUGUGUGACUCCUGGCAACGGCACUGGGGGUUCUGGAACUUCAACCUUCUCGUGUAAACUUCCUGUAUGCUCUGCGCUUUAUGGUUUAACUUCAUAUUUAUUUGCCUCGUUCCUAUGUUCAGUUUUCAGGAAUUUCAAUUAAAACGUUUGUUGGUGUUUCACUUUACCUGAA